AUGGCUUCUGACCAAGAAAUCGAUGAAGCGGGCAAUCCACCUUCAUCGCCAAAGAAUAUUUACAAAGAUCCAGAUGAUGGGCGCCAGCGCUUCCUACUUGAACUGGAAUUUGUCCAAUGCUUAGCUAAUCCGACAUACAUCCACUACUUGGCUCAGAAUCGAUACUUUGAGGAUGAAGCUUUCAUUGGAUAUUUGAAAUAUCUCCAGUACUGGCAACAGCCUGAAUAUGUCAAGUUUAUAAUGUAUCCACAAUGCCUAUACUUUCUGGAGCUUCUUCAGAAUGCAAACUUCAGGACUGCAAUGGCUCAUCCUGCCAACAAAGAAUUGGCACAUAGGCAGCAAUUCUAUUUCUGGAAGAACUACCGAAACAACCGACUGAAGCAUAUCUUACCCAGGCCUCUUCCUGAACCGAGUGUUGCACCCCCAUCUUCGGCUGUGGGUCCACCUUCACUUGUUCCUCCUGCACCUUUAUCUGCUCCUUCUCCAGGUUCGGGACCUGUCCCGUCUCCAGCGAGUUCAGCACUCUCGCCAAUGCAAUAUGGGAUCCAAUCUGUAUCGAAUCUCCCAAAGAAUGAUCCAAGGAAUAGCGGGAUAAGAAAGAGAAAGUAA